AUGGCUCGCGGUCGCCGUUUGUUCUCAGCGGCUUGCGGGGCGCUCGCGGCAGCCACCUGCCUUCGCAGGGGCGCUUUUGUGCAAGUGCCCGUGCGCGAUCGCGUCGCGCCGCUUGCUGCAGCCUCCGCUGCUGCGGUGUUCGGCCUCCCGCGCUGGCGGAUGAGAUCGGCGAUGCUGCGAAGACACUCGGUGUCGAUUCGUACGCCUUUUGCCAAGGCCGUGGGCCGGAACAGCAGAAUCCACUUGCAGGCUUCCAGGAAGCUCCAGCCGCUGGUAGCCUUCAAGGCUAUUGACAAUAUGAUCGUGAUGGGCGCCCAGGCGGACCCGAAGCUCUUGAUGACGGCGGCGGGGGCCCACCACAAGGCAAUCGGCAGCGCCAGCGGCGCAGGCCGACUGAGAUGCUGCGACGACGUCGGCGCAACAGCUAAGAAGCUUUCGGACGCGUCUUGCCCGUUCCUGAAGUCCGUGGCGAUCAUCGUGGGCACCGCGGCGGACGGGGGCGCGCUGAAGGUGGCGGCUGAGGCGCGCCGCGAGGCCAUCGGCAGCGCCAGCACCAGCCGCGUGACCUCUGCCGCCGACUACGAGGCCGUAAACGCAGCGCUGGGCCGCGCGGUCGUUUCGGCGCCGACCUCGAAGGUCAUGGGCGUCUUUUGCGCCUUCGUCAAGAUCGUCCCUGGGACCGCGCCGAACAACUUGUUCUCCGCCGUGGACUCUGGCGGCGGAUGCCGCUGCCAGGGCGUUCUACGAGUUCACGGGCGUGGUGAAGGCGCCCCGCCGAGAAGAGCUCCCGAGGCGGAGGCCGAGGAGCUGCCAGGACGGGCGCUGCGGCUGCGUGGCCUCGCGGCCCGCGCGGCCGCGGGGGGCGGCCGCGCCGCCGUGGCUGCGGCGGCGCUCGGGUGGGCGCGGGAG